AGGCGGCGGCCGUUUCCAGCCGCGCUCAAGCGCCUGGCGGUUGGAGCUGUAUAAUGUUUUUAACAAUAGCAUUGCUCCGAAAGAGAAUUCCUGGRAAACAAUGGAUUGGAAAAUACCGGCGGCCGAGAGUGGUCACCCUUUCCAUGAAGCAGGCCAUGAUCCGGCGGCUGGAGAUUGAAGCAGAGAACGAGUACUGGCUGAGCCGCCCUUUCCUGACCCGGGAACAGGAAUACAAGCACAACACGGAAGCGAGAUGGGCCAAGUGGGAAGCCUUGAGAAACCAGCUGGCAUCCAAGGUUCCCAAGCACAGAUAUAUCAAGGAUCAUUUGGAGCACUUAAAUGUGUCAAAGAAGUGGGCAGCUUGAAUGCCGCAGGGAGGUUGUACUGGAUGUGGUGAUGGUGGGAUCUGCGACGGGCCUGCUAUGGUGGUUUUGUAUUCGGUGCAACAGUGAAGGGUGGAAAACAAGCGAGACUUUCCCCGAAACUUUUCCUUUGCUGUGUGAAAUCUUGCAUUAAAAGCAGUCCUGCAAAA